GAGCGGCUCAGAGAUUGGAGCAUACCAAGUCGUGACGGCCUGGGGGGAAGCAUGUAGGGAAGGGAAUAUGAAGGCUAAAUGCUCUGAAAGAGAAAUGACGUUAAGUCCGUUAUUCCCAUUACGUUAGUGUUGGGUGCUGGCAAAUAACGGAAAUUUCCACGUGCAGCAAAUACAGCUUUCCAGAGAGCUCUUGGGGGAAGACUAGCUCCACCCUACAGCAUCCGUGACCCCUCCCCUCAGCCGCGAGACCGCCCCUCCGCCCUCGCUUGUUGGUGGGCUCGGAGGGGGCGGAGCAGGGCCGAGCUGGCCACGCCACCCAGGGACAGCGCGCGCCGCCGCAGUAGUUGGGGCCAGCCUCGGGAAGGAAGCGCCUGCGGCGAGCGCGAGCUUCUGAGCUCCACGGGCCGAGCUGGCGGCUGGUUGGUGCUUACACCUUGGCCGCAGCGGCAGGUCCCUCCACGUGCUUUCGGCGGCGACAUGGAGCUGGAGGAGUUGGGGAUCCGAGAGGAAUGUGGCGUGUUCGGGUGCAUCGCCUCAGGAGAGUGGCCCACGCAGCUGGAUGUGCCGCAUGUGAUCACUCUGGGACUCGUGGGGCUGCAGCACCGGGGUCAGGAGAGUGCUGGUAUUGUGACUAGUGAUGGGAGUUCAGUGCCAACAUUCAAAUCACACAAGGGAAUGGGUCUUGUAAAUCACGUCUUUACUGAAGACAAUUUGAAAAAAUUAUAUGUUUCAAAUCUUGGAAUUGGACACACAAGAUAUGCCACUACAGGAAAAUGUGAAUUAGAAAAUUGUCAGCCCUUUGUUGUUGAAACACUUCAUGGGAAGAUAGCUGUGGCACAUAAUGGCGAAUUGGUAAAUGCUGCUCGAUUAAGGAAAAAGCUUCUGCGUCAUGGUAUUGGUCUGUCCACAAGUUCUGAUAGUGAAAUGAUUACCCAGUUACUGGCGUAUACCCCUCCUCAGGAACAAGAUGACACCCCAGACUGGGUAGCCAGGAUUAAAAAUUUGAUGAAGGAAGCACCCACAGCAUACUCCCUGCUUAUAAUGCACAGAGAUGUUAUUUAUGCAGUACGAGAUCCUUAUGGAAAUCGUCCCUUAUGCAUUGGUCGUCUUAUUCCAGUGUCUGAUAUAAAUGACAAAGAGAAAAAAACAUCAGAAACAGAAGGAUGGGUGGUGUCUUCAGAAUCUUGUAGCUUCUUAUCUAUUGGUGCAAGAUAUUACCGUGAAGUCUUGCCUGGAGAAAUUGUGGAAAUAUCCAGACAUAAUGUCCGAACUCUUGAUAUUAUAUCAAGGUCUGAAGGAAACCCAAUGGCUUUUUGUAUCUUUGAAUAUGUUUAUUUUGCAAGACCAGACAGUAUGUUUGAAGACCAAAUGGUUUAUACAGUAAGAUACCGUUGUGGCCAGCAGCUUGCGAUUGAAGCACCUGUGGAUGCAGAUUUGGUCAGCACUGUUCCAGAAUCUGCUACACCUGCUGCUCUUGCUUAUGCAGGAAAGUGUGGACUUCCAUAUGUGGAGGUGCUGUGUAAAAACCGAUAUGUAGGGAGAACCUUCAUUCAGCCAAACAUGAGGUUAAGACAACUUGGUGUUGCAAAAAAAUUUGGAGUAUUGUCAGACAACUUUAAAGGCAAAAGAAUUGUUCUUGUAGAUGAUUCAAUUGUGAGAGGCAAUACCAUCUCACCUAUAAUAAAACUGCUCAAAGAAUCUGGUGCAAAAGAGGUACACAUUCGAGUAGCUUCACCACCAAUUAAAUAUCCAUGCUUCAUGGGAAUAAACAUUCCUACAAAAGAAGAGCUCAUUGCCAAUAAACCAGAAUUUGAUCACCUUGCAGAAUAUCUAGGAGCAAACAGUGUUGUGUAUCUGUCAGUAGAAGGACUGGUUUCAUCUGUACAAGAAGGGAUAAAGUUUAAAAAACAGAAAGAGAAAAAGCAUGAUAUUAUGAUCCAAGAAAAUGGAAAUGGCCUGGAAUGUUUUGAAAAGAGUGGUCAUUGUACAGCUUGUCUCACUGGAAAAUAUCCUGUAGAAUUGGAAUGGUAGCUGGUAGGGUUGGAUGUGUGUAGUUUCAAGAUAGAAAGUUGGUCAAGAAGUUAUAGUGGUCACACCUCAUCUAUUUACUGUUACUCAGUUGGUACAAUGUAAAAUGCCAUGCUUAUGUUUACCUUUAUAAGUUUGGAGUUUUUUUGUUUUUUUUUUCUGAAAAGGAUACCAAAGUGCGAUAACUGAACAUCUCUAAUUGCAUAUAAUACAACAACAUGUGGUGUUCUUUUUUUUACACAAGCAUCGGCUAGCCUUUUUAACCUGGUCAGAGAAGGCAGGUGGUCACUGACAUUUGCCAAGUCCAUGCUUUAAAGGGUCUGCAAGAAGUUAGAGUUAAGGAGAGGUGAUGCCAACAAGACAGGUGAGUUAAAUAUAACAUUUCACACAAAGUUUGAAUAGAAUACAUUAUACCUCAUAGGUGUCUAGCCUCUACAGUUCUGGCUGUAGUUAUGACCUUGGCUUCCCUGUCUAACUGUAGACAAAUCUUCAAAAACCAACAAACAAACAAAAUAUAAUCUGUGGUGCCUCAGUUACCCCACAUGUGCAAUGGGAUACUUAGAUUAGAUUAAAUAAUUAAUAAGAAUAUGAAUAAGUGUCAUACUUUUGUGAUUUGAGCCAUCAUUUCACCUCUAAUUUUAAGACAGUUUAUGACUGUUAGCUUUCGAAAAGCUAAUGAUUAUUAACUUUUUGAAAUUAGUUUACAAUUAAGAUUUCAUUAUGAUGGAAGGAGACAUAAUUGGCAGAUCUUUGCCAUCUCUCUUUGAGAUGUCCUAAAAAGGGUUGUAAAAAUCUGUGAAAAAGUUUUUCUUACAUUUGACUAGAAAAUGUGAUCCAUAGUGCCCUGAUACUAUAAGCUCAGCAAGUAACCUGAUACAUUUGAAAUAAAAACUAGAUUUUUAGAUUCAAACAAUCCCUUUAUCCUUAAUUAUCAUAUGCUUUUUUAAUGAAGUGCUUGAUCACUUGCAAGCAUAUAUACAUGUAGAUGUACAUAUACAUGUACACAUAAACAUUAUUGCAAUUAAGUGAUCAAGUACAGACACAAUAGGGGCCAGUUUUGUUUAAGGAUCAAAGAGACAACCACUUUGGGGAAUUAGUAUCAUCUUAUAAUCACUUUUUUCUACUUUAUUAAGAUCUAAUGAGUUUGAUUUCUUUUUUGAAGUUUUUUCUUGUAACAUCUGAGAUUUAGAAGUUUAAGAUGACCCCACACCUUUGUUUAUGUAAGAAUUUUUAAACAUAAAAGUGUUUGUUUCUGUUAUGUUACCAUAAUUUGAUGUAUAUAGUGUCCAGAUCCAUUUAGAAAUUUAAUAUUUAUUAAUAACUGAAACUGUUUGUCUUCCUUUGGUAUAUAGUCUCACAUAUUAUAUUAUAGCAGGCCAAGAUAACAUUUUGACAACUCUUUAAGCCUACAUGCAGCAGUGGGUCAGAUAACCCUGUGGCAGUGACACGGGCAAAUUGGCAUUUGAAUAAAGCCCUGGGACCACCUCAACAUGUGCAGCCUCUUGUCUUAAAUGUAUUCCCCAUGGCAGCAUGGAGGAGGCAAGACCUGUGGGUCAAUUUUGAACUGGCCUUACUUUGAUUUUUAAAACACAAGAGACUCAGGGAAAGUACUAAACCAAAAUCUCUGAUUUUACUUUGCAUUUUCUGUAGUUUUUGUUUUACUGAGAUGCUUUUGUAAAGGAAAAAUAAUACUGUGACAGUUUGGUAAUUCUACAGAUUUCUUAAUAUUUCUCCAUCAUGGCCUUUUACUUCACAAUUUUCUGAAGUCUGAAUUCAAUUACAUUUUUUUUUUUUAACCAAUAUAAUCUCAAAUGUUGUUUAACUGCUUUAAAUUUAUAUACGUAGAGUAUUAGAAACUGCAGAGAUGAAAAAUGUGUUUUCACGGGAUUUAUAUUGUGAACUAAACUAAGCCUACUUUUUGUGACUUAUUUGUGAUGCCCUGUUGAUAAAUAUGUGUAAUAAGUAUGUUUAAAUAUGUGUGUGCUUUUUUUUUUUUUUUAAAUGGUGACUUUAGUUGGUGCAUUAUGGUAAACAGCAUGAAGACAACUUCUAGGCUCCAUUCUUGGCACCACCUAGUCAUAUCUUACUUCUCUGAUCCAGGCAUUUCAAUAAAUAGGCCAUCUCUUAUGAAA